CACGAGCAUGAUGCACGUCUCUAAGUGUCUGGUGUCCGAUCUGAGAGGUCCUUCUGUGUCUUGGAGGUGAAAAUGAUCGACACUAACGUGACGAGGAUGAGGAGCUUCUUCAUCCUGGGAUUCCCUGGACUUUCACCUCAGUAUUAUGGACCCGUGUCCGCUCUGCUCUUUGUCGUCUACCUGUCCAUCGCAAUGGGGAACAUUUUCAUUUUGGCCUUUGUUUCGUGUGAGAAGUCGCUCCAAAAACCGACAUAUCUGGUGUUUUGUCACCUGGCGCUGAACGACCUGACGUUCGGCACCGUGACUCUCCCAAAGAUCAUUUCCAAAUACUGGUUUGGCGACGGCGUCGUUCCGUUUCACGGCUGUUUACUGCAGAUGUUCUUCGUCCACUAUUUGGGAUCCGUGACCUCGUUCAUCCUGCUGGUGAUGGCUCUGGAUCGAUUCAUCGCGAUAUGCGUACCGAUGCGUUAUCCCGUCCUCGUCACGAACAACAGCAUCUCGGUGCUCUGCGGCUUCGCCUGGUUCAUCCCUCUGCCUCUGCUCAUCACCAUUAUCCUCCAAGCGCUGCCUUUGAAUUACUGCAAAUCCAAUGUCAUCGCUCAGUGUUACUGCGACCACAUCUCCAUCACGAGCCAGGCGUGCGGCGAGAACGUGAGAAUCGUUCAGGUCACGACUCUCUGCAUGGCCAUGUUCUGUCUCUUGGUUCCUCUGGCGUUUAUCUUGUGUUCUUACAUGUCCAUCAUAGUCAUCAUCGUGAAAAUGACCAACGCCGCCGGACGCAAGAAGACCUUGUCCACGUGUAGCCCGCAGAUAUUCAUCACGUGUCUAUUUUACCUGCCCAGAUGUUUCGUGUACGUCGCCAACACUGUCGGCUUCUCCUUCAGUUUGGACGUUCGCAUUUUACUGAUAUUGUUGUACAGUCUUUUGCCUCCCGCCGUUAAUCCACUCAUCUACUGUUUCAAGACUCAGGACAUCAAGCAGAUGUUGAUGAAGAAGCUGAGAGCAACUAAAGUUAGAGUCGAGAUCAAAGUGUCAGUCUGAAAAGGCUGAGUUUAUUUGCAAGAAAUGGGAUUAAAUGUGUGAAGAUUGUAUUCCAUGCGAGUUGUGUGCAUUGCAUUUGUAUGAUAUGAAUAUAAGUAUUUAUGUCCACUGAUCUUACUACAACUGAUACUUAUAUCAGUUGAUAGUUGUAUAUCCAAUUGUGAAGUAAAAUUCCUCAUUUUCUUUA